UAUACUUCAGACCUCAAACUCCCCUUCAACAUUGAGCAUCUCACUUCCAGGUAGCAGCUCUUGUCAGAGAGGUUGGUUUCCACUACUGGUAUGGGCCAAUCCAGGAGCGUAAGGUAGACGCAGGCGUAAGGGAGAGAGAAUAUAAUGUGUCAGGAUUUUGUUACAAGGAAGUGGGUCGAGUUAUUUAUAUUUCAACACUCGUCCUGUUGUACCCGUGGGAGAACCAGUGUUAGUAACCUGAAACUAUACUUUCAAAGAUUGUCUGGUUCUGGAUGCAUCAAACUGAUAGAGAGCAAUUGGCUUUAUGUUUAGGAACACUACGGAGCAGGAGAACAAUAUCUGUAGAUGUAAAUAAUGUAAAGACUGUGUGGGAGAGUGAAGUGACCCUGCGGGGCAUUCAGCAUUGGCAGAGGUGUUGGGAUGAAGCUCCAUGAGAAGAUUUUGACACAUUAUCUCUCGUGCACCUCUCCAGUGGAUAAGGAGGGAUAUCUCUACAAAAAGAAAGAGAGAACUGCAACCUACCAUCGCCGCUGGUUUGUCCUAAAGGCAAACCUGCUUUUCUACCAGGAGCGCCCGGCUGACAGACACCUGCUGGGUGUCAUUGUUCUGGAGGGGUGUUCAGUGAGGCCCUCUGAGUCUGAGGGACAGUUUGCCUUCUCCCUGGUGUUUGAAGGUCUGAAAACGUACAGAUUUUCUGCAGGUGAUCGACAGAUUCUGGAGAGCUGGGUGAAAGCUUUGCUCUCAGCCAGUCACUGUUACCUCUCCCUGCUGCUGAGAGACCUGCGAGUGCAGUAUGAAGAAGCUAAACAGCAACAAGGCUCUGGUGACUCCCAUCACAGCUCAUCCGUCAGUGGCCUCAAACAGUCCCAGCUCUUCCUCCCUGUGCAGGGCUCAGCAGCAGAGGUCAGAGAGGGAAGAAGCUUCAGUGCCGGCAUGGUUUUAAAUGCACCUUCAGGACCCUCUAAGGUGGUCACUAAAAAGUCCCCUAAACUGUGGCACAGGAGAAACGCUCACGUCACACCACUUAAUGGACCGGCACCUUUGUACGGAGAAUGGCCUUUGGUGGGCUUCGAUCCUCUUGAGGAGUUCAGCAAACUUCAUGACUAUUACGGGCAGGAGGUGAAGAGAGCGAGAGAGGAGUGGCUGAGGAGUCGACAAGCGAAGGAGGAGGAGCACGGUGAAGAAGAUCUCAUCGACCUGGGGUGAAAAAAUAACCACACAGUUUAGAGACAUUUCAAGAGGAAGUUACAAUGUGUGUUAAAAAAAAAAGGAACUGAACCUAAAGUGUAAAUUAUUCUGUUACCAUGACAACAUAUUUAGAGCCAGAAAUCUCUGCUAAUAUGCUAAAUGUUUUAGAUUAUAUGUUUAAAUCAUGUUUUUGUUAGAUUUGUUUUUAGAAAGUUGUGAUUUCCUGAAACAUGGUGGUCUUAAAGUGUCCACGGAACAAGAUGGGAUGGGGAUCACUAACCUUUUGGACCAGAAACAGUGUUCUGAUAGGCUUUUUAUUCACAGCAUUCUGAUGAAUAUCACAAUAAUGUUAACAAUGUCUCUAUUCUAUUUACUUGAUUACUUGUCACAGUAAGCUGCGAUGGUGUCGAGAGAACUAGCACGCACCAAAUCCAGAAACUCAAGCAGCUAAAUGGAAUGAAGCCAUCAUUAAUUUGCACACAAGCUUUUCCUACGUUGGCACGGCAUCAUGUCCUUCAUGAUGCCUUGUCCCUGUUUUUGCCCUUUUUCUCAUUUCAUUGUAAACACAUACUAUUUCCUGAGCAGUGUAUUCACAUGUGCGGCAAUAUGCUAAAUCAUCAGUGGUACGAAAAGGCCCUUUGAAGCAGUAUUAAGCUUAAAAUUCAUGUGUUUUUCAUCGUUACGUUGAAACCUGUGCACUUGCUUUAAAGAUAUAUUUAAAAAAAUUUGAGCAGUUAUGUAUUCACAUGUUAGGCAUUUAUAAAUCACACCCUAUAGUGUAUGAAGGCUGUCUGAUGUAUUAUAUAUUAUUGACUGCAUGGAAAAUAAAGUACAGCCAUUGACUUAAA